AUGUCCAAGAAGCGGCGAGCGGAAGCGGCGGACAUGUCGCAAGAGGACAUGGAGGAGACGCUCAAGGAAGUCAGAACUCUUGCCCGCCACCUCCAACAGUCCUCACAAGCAGCCUCCUCGGUCUCGGAGCUGGGAUAUACGAACCUCUUCGAAGUGUCCGAUCAGAGCCCGGAAGAAGUCAGGAAGAACAUUGAACUUGUCGCAUGCCAGGCUGUCGCUUCCAUUCUCGAUGGCCGAGGUCUGGCGUUUACCUUUGCUCAGCGAGGCAGUGCUACCAAUGUCCAGUUCGUGCCCGAGCUUGAUAGGAAUUAUCUUGAGUACAAGGCCAUGAAGCGACAGUUUGCUGAUUCCUCUCAAGUCAAGCGAACGACGAUGAUGACCCGCCUCAUGCAGUUGGUGCAUGAAUUGGCGAAGAAGAACAUUCACAGCACAAAACGUGAUCUGUUCUAUGCGGAUGUAAAGCUGUUCGAGAAGCAGCAGAACAGUGAUGCAGUGCUGGAGGAACUUUCACUGAUGUUCGGAUGUACUCGUCACAGUCUGCAGGUCACGGCAUCUGAAAAAGGACUUGUGGUUGGAAGAUUGCAGUUCAAUGAUGAUGACGACUUCAUUGAUUGUACAAAGAUGGGAAGGAGUGGAAAGAACAUCCCUUCAUUUUUGGAUCGAAGUGUAAACCAUGCUCGUCUCGACAGGGUCUCAAACAUCAAGUCAGACUAUGACCGGCCAGCAGAAUUCAUCCUUCUAGUUGAGAAAGAUGCAGCUUUUCAACGUUUGGCAGAAGACAGAUUCUACAAUACUUAUCCUUGCGUGAUAAUUACGGGCAAAGGCGAAGCAGAUUUGGCUACAAGAAUGUUUUUGAGGAGAGUCAAGGAUGCUCUCAAGAUCCCAAUUCUCGGAUUGUUUGAUAGUGAUGCCCAUGGGUUGAAGAUUCUUUCGGUUUACAUGCAAGGUUCGGAGGCAAUGUCUCACGACAGCGCAAAUCUCGCUACGCCUGAUAUCAAGUGGCUGGGAGUCCGUCCCUCGGAUUUGGACAAGUACAAUGUUCCACGAGAAUGCAGAUUGGAACUGACCACCCACGACGUGAGCUUUGCUGAAAGUCUAAAAGAGAAGCCUUACAUUCAGAAACGAUCAGCUUGGGUUAAGGAGCUGGAAACUCUGCUUUCGAGAAAGGAAAAAGCAGAAAUUCGUAUGAUCUUCUUGUUGUGCUUCGGAGGGAUUUACUUGGUCUGCGCAGAGGCAUUCACAAGCAAGGGAUUCCAAUACCUCACUCAAGAAUAUCUCCCAAGGAAGCUGCGAGAAGGAGACUGGGUGUAA